ACAGAGAAGUCUCUCUCUCCCUUCCUGGUAAAAGCAAAUCUCUCCCUCUUUUUCUUUUCGGCUCUGCAUCCAAUAGUUGCAGAGAGUGAAAGAGAGUUUAAAUUCAACUAUCAAAGAAUCUCAGCUCUCCCUUUCUCUCUCUAAAAUACCGAAAUGAAGGAUGACGAUGACCUACCUAUAUCGACAUCAACAACGACAGCAACACAUACAAAGAAAGAAACCUUCUCCUCCUUCGAUUGGAUCCCAUUCGGUAGAGGGCGAUACAAGUUCUGGGCAUUUGCCGCCAUUUCGCUCCUCGCCUUCUGGUCCAUUCUCACCGCCACCGCCACCCUCCGCUGGUACGUCGGCAACCUCAACCCUACCGACGGCCUCACCACCACCCCCUUCCACCACGAUCUCGACGUUCUCGAAAUGGAGGAGAGAGAGAAGGUGGUGAAACACAUGUGGGAUGUGUACACCAACAGCCGUCGGAUCAGCUUACCGCGGUUCUGGCAGGAGGCUUUCGAGGCUGCUUACGAGGACUUGACCAGCGACGUCCCUACUGUUCGAGAGGCUGCAAUUUCUGAGAUCACUAAGAUGUCUAUUCGCUCUGUUGAUCUCGAACUGCUUCCUCUUCAAUUACCGGGUGUACGAGAAUUUAGACUGCAGCAAGCAGAGAUAGGAGGCCAGGAGGUGGUGACUUCUAGAGGGAGUAGGCAAUGAUUUGAAUGAUCAGGAUCCAAGCCUGCAAGUUUCUGUUCUUUUAUACUUUCUUCAUUCCACUAUAUUGCUUAUUUGCUGCCCAGAGUUAGUGAAAGGUAGUGUUGAAAAUUUAUACUCUUUUCCUUAUGUCUUCAUAACAGGGAUAAACAAUGUAUUUAUUUAGGUUCUCAUUCUUCCAGUUUUUUUUGUCACAAAAAAUUGAGACGCUGAUGGUAUAGUGAAACAUCCUUUUGCGUAAAUGACAAGUGAAAGAAAUUUUUAUGAGAUUUUGUUCAUGAAGAACUGGAGAAUCUUGUGUCUGGAACUUCCUACUGUACAUUGGCUUAACGCACAAGGAUAUCACUUAAUUAUCAUCAUUUUAAUUAUGAGCAUCAUCAUUAUUAUUGUUUUAGAAAA